AUGAAAACCCAUGACCACGUCUUCGCUCAAAGGCCAUACCUUCUCGCUUCUCAGAUUCUCUCUUACGGUUCCACAAACAUUGGGUUUUCCCCAUACGGUGAAUACCGGCGACAAUUCCGAAAGAUUUGCACAACGGAGCUUCUGAGCUCGAAGCGCGUCGAAACGUUCCGGGGAAUUAGGGAAGAGGAGGUGAUGAAUUUUGUGAGAGAUAUUUCGUCGAACACAGGGUCGGCAAUCAAUCUGAGCAAGAGAAUUUUCUCACAUACCUAUGGGGUUACUGGUAGAGCUGCUUUUGGGAAGAAAAACAGAGAUCAAGAAGAGUUCAUGGAAGCUAAGGACGAACUUGUAGCGUUGUUUGGCGGGUUCAGUGUUGCUGAUAUGUACCCAUCGGUGAAAUUGCUUCAGGUGAUGAGUGGAAUGAGAAGAAAGCUUGAGAAAUUGCAUAAGAGAGUCGAUCAGAUACUUGAAAACUUUGUUAACGAGCACAGAGAGAAGAAGACAGAGAGAGAGAGUGGGAGAGGAGAAGCAGAGGACCUGGUUGAUGUUCUUCUGAGAGUUCAGAAAGAUGGAGAGCUUGAAUUUCCAUUGACAGACGACAACAUCAAAGCUGUCAUCUUG